AUGCCCGAUCUAAGAAAAUGGUUGUUGAUGGCGUCACCAGCAAGGCCGCUUCAGUUGAGGCGUAGGGAACAACCUGUCCUCCACAAGUCCCUCUCAAACGGCAGUUGUAAUGAAAGGAAAUUUCGCGGAAAACGCCAUCUAGACAGCAACCCAGUGUGGUCAUCCCGCGAUACCAUACAUGUUUGCGAUGGGUUCUGGACAACAAACGAACCGGGUACCGUGGCCGGCGGUGGCAAGACCCAAAUCACGCUUCUUCCUACGAGCUGAAAUCGAUCAUUCGUAACAUCGUUAGCCGUUUCACGUUGCUUCCCCGUCGUUCGCAUGGACAAUCAACUCCUUUAUAAAUACAGACCGAAUGAACCGCAACAUCGGCAUACUUGAUGCGCACGCAGACAUCACCAGCAUAAGCUCAGGGUAUUUUCACCGUUACGACUAGCAACCACUUUCAAAUGGUUAGCCGAAAGACGCAAGACAAAAAGGUGCGAAAGCAGAGGGAAUUCAUUGUGCCCCCGCCAGCGGAAUCAAUGUCAGCAAUACAUGCGGAAAAAACUGAGGUACUAAAAAUAUUUUAUCUACUGACAUCUUGAACGCUAUCACAAGCGCUAAGACUCUCGGCCACGGCACCGAAGCUGCUAAGGAGAAGCUGUUUAUCCUCAACCAUGACAACGGUAUUUCUAUUGAUAAAUAUUGGUCACCGCAUAUCCUCGUCCCACAUCAGCAACUGGCCAAAGUCUUCUCUUGCCCCUAAAUAGUACUGCCUCCGGAACUAGUCCAAUGCCACAAUGAAGACCUGCCGGUUUCAUCUCAUCACCUCCUUCUCUUUCCUAUCGGCGUGAAAUUGGGGUUAUCAGGGUCCAUAACAGCCGCCCGAGCUUUCCACCGCUCCAUCUUCUCUUGUUUCUCUGCCUCCUUCUCGGCCUCCUCGCCGGCAGACGACGCCACCGCCUUCCACUUGUCGAUCAAGUUCGCAGCACCUUUGCGCUUCUUCCCUAUCGACCCUCCGGAUUUUCCGGUCGCUGACGACCCCUUGCUCUUCCUUUUCUUGGUGGACUUGGGUGCGGGAGGAGGAGCUGCCGUCGGGGGAGCCGUCAGCACGGCUGCCGCCGCCUUGCUGCCGGCAGCUUCAGCCUCCUCCGUCGCCGCCACCGCCGCCGCCGCCGCCGCCGCUGCCACCGCCGCCGUAGCCCAUUCCGGGCCCCGCUCCAGCGUCGUCAAGUAG